AUGCUCAAGAAAAAGCGGAAGGCGGACGAGGCAUUCGACUAUGAGUAUGAAUAUGUAUAUGGUAUUGUCACGACAGCAACUGACUGGUAUUUCAUCCUUCACAGCACUGAAGGCAUUUUCUGUACAAGCAAAACUGAAUAUCGAAUCUCACUAACGGAAGAUGCUCUCAAUGAUCAAAAUGAAUUGCGCAAGGACGUGAAGAUGAUUUUAGGGGUAUAG